AACUGAGAGCUCACUGUUCCAAAUUCUCCAUUCGGCUAACAUCAAUUUUGUUGAUUUAUUUUUUUUGGCGUAAAAUUUAAAAGUUUUUGGAGGGAUCCUAAGAUUACCAGGACAUCUAAGCUCGAAAUCCGUUGAAGAUGUGUGACAAGCCUGCAUGCCCUCCGCCACCGAGGUGUUGUCCACCACCACCGCCUCCCUGCCGUCCGCCUCCCACCCUCUGGCAGAAAUUGAACUGCGUGCCAUGCAACCGAUUCUUUUUCUUCGUGAUCGGGGCGGGUAUCGGCCUCUACUGGGAUCAAAUGAAGAAGGAUGCCCAAAAGGCUGCCGAGGAGGCCAACAAGUCCCCCAAGGAGAAGGCGAAGGAGGCAAAGGAGAAAGAAAAGAAGCAGAAGGAGAAGGAAAAGGCGGACAAAGAGAAGGCGGAUAAAGAGAAGAAAGAAAAGGAGAAAAAGGAAAAAGAGAACAAGGGCAAGGGCAAGGAUAAGGGCAAAGAGGAAGGCAAGUAACGCGAAUGAAUCCCAAAGUGGAGAUGUCCAGGAGCAGGAUCCUGUGCCCCGAAAUGUAUGCCACGUUUCAACAAUAACAAAAUUUCAAGUACAUUUUAUCGAUAACUUAAAAAUUAUUAAUGAUCAUGAAAAUAUAAUCGGAUGGGAAUUUCAACUGGAGACAGGAAAUUUGAAUGAUCAUAUGUGCUUGCAGAUAUGAGGAAUUUUAGAAGUCUUAAAACAUAAAACUAAGGUUAAAUUCUAAAAUUCAAUAAUACCGAAUGGGCCGUACCAACAUGUGGAAUUUCCAACUAAAGUUGUACUACCAGGAUUGAAGUUCUUUGGCAUUUAAAUAAAACUUCAUUUAAAUUUA